AUGGUGCAUGGCACUGCUGCGGUGGCCCUUUCUCUUGAUUCCCCCUUUUUUUUUUUUUUUUUUUUUUUUUUUUUGAGACGGAGUCUCGCUCUGUCGCCCAGGCUGGAGUGCAGUGGCGCGAUCUUGGCUCACUGCAAGCUCCACCUCCAGGGUUCAUGCCAUUCUCCUGCCUCAGGCCUCCACCUCUCAGGUUCAAGCAAUUCUCCUGCCUCCACCUCUGUCUCCUGGGUUCAAGCAAACCUCUGUCUCCUGGAUUCAAGUGAUUCUCCUGCCUCAGCCUCCCGAGUAGCUGGGACUACAGGUAUGCGCAACCACGCCCAGCUAAUUUUUGUAUUUUUAGUAGAGAUGGGGUUUCAACAUGUUGGCCAGGCUGGUCUCGAACUCCUGACCUCAGGUUAUCUGCCCGCCUCAGCCUCCCAAAGUGCUGGGAUUACAGGCGUGAGACACCAUGCCCGGCCCUCAGUCUCUUUUAAGCAAGGAUCGGGGGAGUGA